AUGCCGCCAGACGCUCAGCGAACUCAACCUGACGAUGAAUCGUCAGGGCCUUAUAUGUCUCGUCUCUCCAGUCCUGACCACUCUCCCAGAAGAACUCACUCGUUUUCUUCUUCAGCUACGUACGGUGUCUCCGAAGUCACCCUUGCUUCGGUCUCCUCCAUCCCUGCUUCAAAUAUCGGCUUCAAAUCUCCUCCAUCCCUCAAAUCUCCUCUCUGUCUCUCGUCUUUCUCUAUCUCUCGGUCACUCCGUUUCUACAAGGCGCACAUUUGCAAGUUUGCAAAGAAGGGUCUUACUCCAUCUCAGAUCGGUGUGAUUCUUCAUGACUCUCAUGGUAUUGCUCAGGUUAAGAGUGUUACUGGAAGCAAGAUCUUGCGUGUUCUCAAGGCCCACGGUCUUGCCCCUGAAAUUCCUGAAGAUCUGUACCAUCUUAUUAAGAAGGCAGUCUCUAUUAAGAAGCAUCUCAAGAGGAACAGGAAAGACAAGGAUUCCAAGUUUCGAUUUAUUUUGGUUGAGAGCCAGAUUCACAGACUUGCACGUUACUACAAGAAGACCAAGAAGCUUCCCCCUGUUUGGAAGUAGUAAGUACUUUUGUUUCUUCAUGUCUACCAGUCUAUAACUUGUUAAUAGAAAUGCUAUUCUUUGUAUCCAUUCGUUUAUUAGAGAAUUGAACUAUGUCUUUUAUUUAUUAUAUAAAAAAGAAGCGAAAAGAAGGUCUGUA